AUGGCCUCGCACAUCCCGGGGUAUCGCAUGCGAUCGGCGUGUGAUGCCUGUCACCUCUCCAAGCUGCGCUGCUCAGGCGGCUCACCCUGUGCCAACUGCCAGCUAUCCGACCAGCCGUGCGCCUACAGUCCGUCCAACCGCCUGGGACGACCAAAGGGUAUCAAAAACAAGCCAACAGUCGACAACUCUGCGCGCACAACAUCCACCAGGUCGAGCCUGAAGGAGACGACCCUCAAGCGGCCGGUGGCGGACAGUCACAAUCUUCCCACGAUGGACGAUCUGGAUCGCCUGGUCCACGCGAAUUAUCCAGUGUUGUCGGACGAACUUGACCAUUUCACAGUAUGA